AUGGGAGAAUCAGUCGGACCUGCUAGUUUUCUACAUUUGGGAGACAUUGUAUCUCUCUAUGCUGAAGGUAGCGUUUGCGGGUAUUUAAGUACUCUGGGUUUGGUAGAUGACAGAUGCGUUGUUUGCCCAGAAACUGGAGAUCUUACAAAUCCUCCGAAAAAGUUCAGGGAUUGCUUAUUUAAAAUAUGUCCAAUGAACAGAUAUUCGGCUCAAAAACAAUUUUGGAAAGCAGCUAAACAAAGUGGAAAUUCGACAGAUGCAAAUUUACUUAAUCGAUUACAUCAUGCUGCUGAAAUAGAAAAAAAGCAGAAUGAAAGUGAAAAUAGAAAAAUAUUGGGUUCUGUUGUACAAUAUGGUAGUGUUGUGCAAUUGCUUCAUUUAAAAUCUAAUAAGUACUUAACGGUUAAUAAAAGAUUGCCGGCAUUAUUGGAAAAAAAUGCAAUGAGAGUUUAUCUUGAUACUAAUGGAAACGAAGGCUCUUGGUUUUACAUAGUUCCUUUUUACAAAUUGAGAGCUUCCGGUGAUAGUGUAGUGCUUGGUGAUAAAGUGAUUCUUAAUCCAGUUAAUGCGGGUCAACAAGUACUCCACGUUGCUUCCAAUUAUGAUCUUCCAGAUAACAUAGGAUGUAAAGAAGUCAAUGUCGUGAACGCAGGAACAUCUUGGAAAGUGACUUUAUUCAUGGAACACAGAGAAAAUUCCGAUGACAUUCUUAAAGGAGGAGACGUUGUUCGAUUGUUUCACGCCGAACAAGAAAAAUUUUUAACCAUGGAUGAAUAUAAAAAAAAACAACACGUUUUUUUAAGGACGACGGGUAGAGUUUCGGCCACAUCAGCCACGAGUAGCAAAGCGUUAUGGGAAGUAGAAGUAGUGCAACAUGAUCCGUGCAGAGGAGGAGCAGGUCAUUGGAAUUCAUUUUUUCGUUUUAAACAUUUAGCCACGGGUCAAUAUUUGGCUUCGGAAGUAGAUGAAGAUGACACUCCGGAUGCCAUGAGAUCUAAACUUAAAGAUAACGGACCAGUUUAUCAUUUAGUAUCCGUACCCAAUUCGAACGAAAUAGCGUCUUUAUUUGAACUCGAUCCGACCACACUCAUUCGAGCCGAUUCUCUAGUACCUCAAUCUUCUUACGUUCGCCUCCAUCAUUUAUACACUAAUACUUGGGUUCAUUCCACUGCUAUACCCAUAGAUAAAGAAGAAGAAAAACCAGUUAUGUCUAAAGUUGGCUGUGCUUCUAUGAAAGAAGACAAGGAGGCAUUUGCUCUUAUUCCAGUUUCUCCAACCGAAGUCCGCGAUUUAGAUUUUGCAAACGACGCUUGUAAAGUUCUUGCGGCGAAUUCUGCUAAAUUAGAAAAAGGGACCAUGUCUCAUAAUGAAAGAAGGGCUGUGACGAAUUUAUUACAGGAUAUAAUAUAUUUUAUCGCCGGUCUUGAAAACGAGCAAAAUCGAAUGGACGCUCUUGAAUUGACCGUUGUGACUCCGAAUCGAGAUCGGCAAAAGCUUUUACGAGAACAAUACAUAUUGAAAGAAUUAUUUAAAAUAUUGCAAGCUCCUUUUAUGGAAACGCCCGAGGGAGAAGCUCCAUUUUUAAAGAUAGAAGAACUGGGAGACCCUAGACAUGCGCCGUACAAACAUUUGUUCAGACUUUGUUACAGAAUAUUAAGGCUAAGCCAACAGGAUUACAGAAAGAAUCAAGAACACAUUGCAAAACAUUUUGGAUUCAUGCAAAAGCAAAUCGGUUAUGAUAUAUUAGCGGAAGACACUAUCACGGCUUUAUUGCAUAACAAUCGAAAACUGUUGGAAAAACACAUAACAGGAGCCGAAAUCGAAACUUUUGUCGGUCUCGUGCGGAAAAACAUGAGCAAUUGGGAAUCAAGAUUUCUCGACUACCUCUCAGAUUUGUGCAUUUCAAACAAAAAAGCCAUUCCCGGAACUCAAGAAUUAAUAUGCAAGUCCGUUUUAAUGGAUUCUAAAAACGCCGAUAUACUUAUCGAAACGAAAAUGAUGAAAACUCAAACGGAGGUUUUGGAUUCUGAAGUGGCGGAAGUGGAGGACGAACCGGAUAAUGAAACUGAUCCUUUUGUAACGACAUCGAUAAAAGAAACCGAAGAAGUAUGUCUUAUAAUCGGUAAACGUGUUUUGUCAUUACAUGAACUUUCGAAAUCGGCCAAAGCCAACUGUCCCGAGUCCAUUGCCAUUUUAGAAUACUAUCGCCAUCAACUUAAUUUAUUUUCAAACAUGUGCUUAAAUCGUCAGUACUUAGCCUUGAACAGUCUUUCUCACCUUGAUAUUGACCUCAUACUGAAAUGCAUGGCAGACGAAACGGUACCGUUUGAACUUAGAGCAUCCUUUUGUAGACUCAUGUUGCAUUUACACGUUGACAGAGACCCACAAGAACCCAUAACUCCCGUCAAGUAUGCAAGACUAUGGUCUGAAAUCCCUUCUAAAAUGUCUAUAAAAGAUUACGAUAACAAUAUUGCACCGAAUCGUACAAAGGAAGCCGUACAAACGAAAUUUGCUUCGACCAUUCAAUUCGUUGAGAAUUAUUUGUGCAACGUCGUCGACAAAAUGUGGAGUUUUGCUGACAAGGAUCAAAACAAGUUGAUUUUUGAAGUCGUCAAAUUGGCUCGUGAAUUAAUUUAUUUCGGUUUUUAUAGUUUUAGCGAUUUACUUAGAUUGACAAAAACAUUGUUAAGUAUAUUAGAUUGCGCGUCUGAAAAUGAUUUCGUCAAUGGAAAAUUAUCCGUUCACGAUAUUAAUUCCGAGGGAGGUGUUUUGCGUAGUAUUGGCGACAUGGGGGCCGUUAUGUCGGGUUUAGCUUUGGGUGCAUCGGGUUUGACUCGUACCUCGUGCGGUCCGAAACAGCCUCAAUUAAAAAAAGAAUAUCCCCUCGUCAUGGACACGAAAUUGAAAAUCAUUGAAAUAUUACAAUUCAUCAUGGAUGUACGUUUGGAUUACAGAAUCAGUUCUUUGCUGAGUAUAUUUCGAAAGGAAUUUGACGAAACGGGUGCGGCGAACGAGUCUAAAACAACCGAAAAGCACAACGUGGAUUUAGAAAUGGUUGCGACUCAAGCGGAAGGAAUAUUCGGAACGGACGGAGAUUGCGAAAAUCUCGAUCUCGAUGGAAAAGGCGGCAGAACAUUUUUGAGAGUUUUACUUUUGCUCACAAUGCACGAAUAUCCGCCUCUCGUUUCGGGAGCUUUGCACCUCCUAUUCAGGCAUUUCAGUCAGCGUCAAGAGGUUUUGCAAGCUUUUAAACAAGUUCAAUUAUUGGUAUCGGACAGCGAUGUUGAAUCUUACAAACAAAUCAAAAGCGAUUUGGAUGUUUUGAGACAGUCGGUGGAGAAAUCCGAAUUGUGGGUGUACAAAUCGAAAAUAGUCGAUCACUCGGAUAAGAAAAAGAAAAGCAAGGAGGACGACGAUGACGUCGGACCACCGUUGGAACCCGAACAAUCGGAAGAAUACAAAAAAGUACAAAAAAUUUUAAUUAGAAUGAAUCAAUUGUGCACGACGGAGGGAUCCGUUGGAAAACCGAGAAAACACGAGCAACGUUUAUUGAGAAACGUGGGCGUUCACACGGUUAUUUUAGAUCUCCUUCAAGUACCUUACGAUGAAAAAGAAGACGUUCGAAUGAAUCAACUUUUAAAUUUAGCACAUCAAUUCCUGCAAAAUUUCUGUUUGAGAAAUCAACAAAAUCAAUUACUUUUACACAAACAUUUGGAUUUAUUUUUAAAUCCGAACAUUAGAGACGCACAGACUGUAUGCAGCAUAUUUCAAGAUAAUUUAAUUCUUUGCAAUGAAGUCAGCGAAAAAGAAAUUCAACAUUUUAUUCAUUGCAUCGAAAGCCACGGAAAGCACGUACAAUAUUUACAAUUUUUACAGACCAUUGUCAAAGCCGAAGGACAGUUUAUUAGAAAAUGUCAAGACAUGGUCAUGCAAGAAUUGGUUAAUGCGGGAGAAGACGUUUUGAUAUUUUACAAUGACAAAGCUUCGUUUAAUUUAUUCGUCGAAAUGAUGCGUUCUGGACGGCACGGAAUGGAUGAAAGCAGUCCGUUGAAAUAUCACGUCGAACUCGUGAAAUUGUUGGCGUGUUGCACGAUGGGUAAAAACGUGUACACGGAAAUUAAAUGUCACAGUCUGUUGCCUCUUGACGACAUUGUUACCACGGUUUGCCAUAAAGACUGCAUUCCCGAAAUCAAGGAAGCGUAUAUUAAUUUUCUUAAUCAUUGUUACAUCGACACGGAGGUGGAAAUGAAAGAAAUCUAUAAUUCUCAACACAUGUGGACUCUUUUUGAAAAUUCAUUUAUGGUUGAUCUCGGAGCGGCGGCUUCGAGCGGAAGCAGCACCGAUCGUAAAAACUACGAUCAACCUUUGAUUUCUUACGUGACGGGACCUUUGAUGAACGUCAUUUCCUCAUUUUUCGGGAGUCCGUUUUCCGAUCAAAGUACGACCGUUCAAAGCAGGCAACCGAUUUUCGGAAAACUUUUCCAAGCCACUUGCAGACUUUCGCAAUGCGAUUGGUUGACUCCCACUCAAAGGUUCAACGUCGAAAAUUGCAUAAAAACGCUCAGCGAAGUCGCGAAAAGUCGAAACAUCGCCAUACCUUCCUAUCUCGAAAAUCAAGUCGUGUCCAUGUUCAACACGAAAAAUACUUUGCUGUCGAGGCAAACGAGUAAAUGGUUGCAAGCUAGCAAGACUCCUAAAGUCGAAAGGACUCAUUCUCAAAUAAUGAAAAUAGACAAAAGUAUCAUCGAGGGUUUGCAAGAUAUCGUUUCGCUGUUGGAAGAACAAUUGAAACCCCUCGUUCAAGCCGAACUUUCUUUGCUCGUCGACAUAUUGUAUCGUCCGGCUUUGUUGUUCCCCCUUGGCACCGAGGCUAGGAAAAAAUCAGAAAACGGAGGAUUCAUUCGUCGUUUGAUAAAACACACGGAAAAGCUGUUGGAAGAAAAAGAAGAAAAAUUAUGCGUCAAAGUCCUGAGAACCCUUAGGGAAAUGAUGACCAUCGAUUUGGAUUACGGCGAAAAGGGUGAUUUGUUACGUAAGGUUUUACUCGACAGGUAUUUCAGUAAAAAUACAAAAAGAAGAGAAAGUUUAGAUUCUUCGAAUAUGAAAUACGCGUCUCCUACGCCGAUUUCUCACGGUCCGGGUGCGAAGUAUUUAAUAAGAGCCGCGAGAACUCUCUACGAAGUACAGAGUCAUUUAGAUAAUGAAGGCGCGUCGGAUUUAGUCGUGGAACUAGUUAUAAAAUCCGUUAAUUCUCCGAGCAUUUUCACCGAAGCUGUCGAAUUGGGAAUCGCAUUGCUCGAAGGCGGAAAUCCGGUCAUUCAAAAAAGCAUGCAUUCAAAAUUACUCGGCGGAGAUUUGAGUCAAUCGUUUUUCAAAGUUUUUUACGAUAAAAUGAAAGACGCUCAAACGGAAAUAAAAACGACCGUGUCCGUCAACACGUCCGACAUGGCGGCAAACACGAACGAUGAAAAAGAUUCGAUAAAAGACGGGGAUAAGAUACGUAAAAAACGUGGUAACAAACAAAAUGGAAUUUUCGUCACGGAAUCGUUGCAAGAAGAAUUAAAUCAAGCGGCUUUGAGCACGACUCAAGCGUAUGCGAACGCUCGAAACCUUUCCUCGGGAGAUGAUUCCGUGCUUGGUAUGCCGUACAUACCGGGAGGUGGAACUCUUGAAGAAUUAUUGAGCGAAAAAGUCGAUCGUCACCGCGAUAAGGAAGAUCCGAGCAAACUUUCUCAGAAAAUAAUCGUCAUGCAACCCGUUCUACGAUUCCUUCAGUUGCUCUGCGAAAACCACAACCGCGAUUUGCAAAACCUGUUGAGGAAUCAAAACAAUAAAACAAAUUACAAUUUAGUUUCGGAAACUCUAAUGUUUUUAGAUUGCAUUUGCGGUUCGACCACCGGAGGAUUGGGUUUAUUAGGUUUGUACAUUAACGAACACAACGUCGGAUUAAUUAAUCAAACUCUGGAAACGCUCACGGAAUACUGUCAGGGUCCUUGUCACGAUAAUCAAAAUUGCAUAGCGACGCACGAGAGCAACGGUUUGGAUAUAAUUACCGCGUUAAUACUUAACGAUAUUAAUCCGUUGGGAAAAUCAAGGAUGGAUUUGGUUCUCGAAUUAAAAAACAACGCUUCUAAAUUGUUAUUAGCCAUUAUGGAGUCGCGGGGGGAUGGGGAAAACGCGGAAAGGAUUUUGUGCAACAUGAAUCCGAAACAAUUGGUCGACGUCGCAUCCAAAGCUUUUCACCAGGAAGUGUUUCAAGACGACGAUGAUCUCGACGAUGCUCUCGCGGAUGCGGACGGAGGAGUUUCCCCCAAGGAAGUCGGUCAUAACAUUUACAUUUUGUGUCAUCAAUUGGCUCAGCACAAUAAAGAAUUGGCGGCUUUGCUCAAACCCUCUGACGUCACGUCGGAUUUCAAAGCUUAUCAAGCUUUGUCCUACUACGCAUCUCACACGGCGCAAAUAGAAAUAGUUCGAGGGGAUAGAACUCUGGAGCAAAUAGUUUUUCCGAUCCCGGAAAUGUGCGAAUAUUUGACGCACGAAACGAAAGUUCGAGUGUAUCAGACUGCUGAGAGAGAUGACCAAGGGUCAAAAGUUCAAGAUUUUUUCGAAAAGACUGAAGAUAUGUUUAACGAAAUGAAAUGGCAGAAAAAACUUCGGGGUCAUCCGAUACUUUUUUGGGUGAGUAGUUACAUGUCUCUCUGGAGUUCGCUCCUUUUCAAUUCCGCCGUUUUAAUAAACAUAAUCGUUGCAUUUUUUUACCCCUUUAGUCAAGAUUCUAUUCCCAAUUUAGGAUUUCAUUUGAGCACAUUGAUUUGGAUGACGACCGUGUCUUCGGCACUCAUCGUGACCACAGUGCCUCGCGAAUCGGGUAUAAGAACGUUCGUGGCAUCGACGAUGCUGAGAAUGAUAUUUUCGAUAGGACCCGAACCCACCCUUUGGGUUUUGGCCGUGUUGAACAUAUUUUUAAAAAUAGUUCACUUGUUGAGCAUAAUGGGAAAUCAAGGAACUCUGACGAAACAAUUCGAUCAAAUAAUAAGCAAUUUCGAAUUGUUGUACCAUCUCGUUUAUUUAUUAUUUUGCAUUUUGGGAUUGUGCUGUCAUCCAUUUUUCUAUUCCGUUCUACUGUUCGACGUGGUUUACCGGGAGGAAACACUUUUGAACGUUAUAAGAUCGGUGACGAGAAACGGUCGAUCCAUUUUAUUGACCGCCGUAUUGGCUCUCAUACUCGUGUACAUGUUCUCGAUAAUCGGCUACAUGUUUUUCAAAGAUGAUUUUCUCGUGAGCGUCGACGUGGACGAAAGCAAUGCGGAUAAACCGGAUAACGAAACGGAUUCGUCUCGACUGUUGCAAGUGUCGGGAGAAUCCAAAGAACGAUCUUGCGAUUCUCUAAUCAUGUGCAUCGUGACGACGCUCAAUCAGGGAUUGAGAAACGGCGGCGGAAUCGGCGAUAUAUUGCGAGCGCCGAGCAGCAGCGAAUCCCUUUUCGUUCCGCGCGUCAUUUACGACCUGUUAUUUUUCUUCAUCGUAAUAAUCAUAAUAUUGAAUUUGAUUUUCGGUGUCAUAAUCGACACGUUCGCGGAUUUAAGGAGCGAAAAACAACAGAAGGAUCACGUGCUUAAAAAUACGUGUUUCAUAUGCGGUUUGAACAGGUCGGCGUUCGAUAAUAAGACGGUGAGUUUCGAAGAGCACAUAAAAUGCGAGCACAACAUGUGGCACUAUUUGUAUUUCGUCGUUUUGGUCAAGGUAAAAGAUCCGACGGAAUUCACGGGUCCGGAGAGUUACGUUUAUUUCAUGGUGAAAAAUCACAAUCUCGAUUGGUUUCCGAGAUUGAGAGCCAUGUCUCUGGCCGUACACGAAAGCGAGGGAGAACAAAUGGAAUUGAGAUCGUUGCAAACGCAAUUGGAAGCGACUCAAAAUUUGAUAUCUUACCUGUCGAAACAAUUGAACGAACUCAAAGAUCAGAUGACGGAACAGAGAAAGCAAAAACAAAGGAUCGGUUUGCUUAAUUCCACGUCCGGAUAUUUGUCUCUUCCGCGCGAGUGA